AGAAGAAGAAGAAGAAGAAGAAGAAGAAGAAGAAGAAGAAGAAAAGAAGAAGAAGAAAGGAAAUGACACUCUUAGAAAAUGAAGUAAUGAAGUAUAUCAGAAUAGAUAUGCCUUUAAAAGGAGAUAAGACACUAGGAAUAAAAAAGGAAGAAGGAAAAUUAUCCCACCUUAUUGCUGCUCAAUAAACAUGCAAUGUUGUUGCUCCCUGGGAUUAUUUAGGCCAAGACUGUGUUACAGUCAUGUUUGGCUCACUAGUGGAGUAUUAAAGAUUAAAGUACGCUUAUGUCAGCAGAUAUUAUUACUUUAGAGAUAAAAACCUGGAAAUUUGUGCUAAAAAGCGUUUCCAACAAUAGGUUUUGAAUGUUAUUAAAUAUAUGGAAACUACUGAUUAAAAACUUCAAACAGCAGAGGCUGCAGUUUCCUACUGUGGACUUUGGGUGUCGCUGUUGGACAGACUGGAGAGCCUGAAGCUCCACUUCCCGCGCAGCCGCAGAGCGCUUUCCUGUCGCCCUUUCUCCGCCUUAUCCUUCACACCGCUUUUUCCAAGCAAAAGAAUUGUUUCGUAGACUAGAAUUGUCGUAAGAGUCCAUUUGGAGCCCGGAAUAUCCGCAGCACGGAGCUUCCUUGUAACCCGGCGUCUCCAGACUGGUGAGCAAGCAAAGGGAAACCAGAAGGAUGCGGGAGGGCGCUGCCGAGAGGCGCCGGGUGCAGAGGCGGCCAAUGCUCCUUCCCUUCCUGCUGUCUUUGUUCUGCCCCGCGCUCUCUGAGCAGAUCCGCUACAAGAUCCCCGAGGAAAUGCCCACCGGCUCUGUAGUGGGGAACCUCGCCAAGGACCUGGGCUUCAGUGUCCAGGAGCUACCGACGCGAAAGCUGCGUGUCAGUUCUGAGAAGCCUUACUUUAGUGUGAGCGCAACCAGCGGGGAGUUGCUAGUGAGCAGCAGGCUGGACAGGGAGCAGAUUUGCGGGAAGAAGCCUGUGUGCGUUCUGGAAGUUGAGGCUGUUGCUGAAAGUCCGUUGAACUUUUAUCAUGUGAACGUGGAGCUUGAGGACAUUAAUGAUCACAUGCCAAAAUUCACGCACACAUCCUUUGAAUUGCAAAUAAGUGAGUCCACAAAACCAGGGACACGAUUUAUCUUAGGAUCCGCCCAUGAUGCAGAUAUUGGAACCAAUUCUCUGCAGAAUUACCAGCUGAGUCCCAAUGAUCAUUUUUCACUGGUGAAUAAAGAGAAGUCCGACGGUAGUAAAUACCCUGAAAUGGUAUUGGAGACACCUCUAGACCGGGAGAGGCAGAAAUCCUACCACUUGACCUUGACUGCUUUGGACUUUGGGCAUCCACCCCUCAACAGCACUGCGCAAAUACAAGUCCUAGUGACUGAUGCCAAUGAUAAUCCUCCAGUGUUCAGCCAAGAUAUAUACAGGGUGAGCCUUCCAGAAAACGUGCACCCAGGAACCACGGUUCUUAGGGUGGCUGCCACAGACCAGGACGAGGGUGUCAAUUCCGAGAUCACGUUCUCUUUUAGCGAAGCUGGCCAGAUCACCCAAUUUAACCUGGAUUCUAAUACCGGGGAAAUUACCACUCUGGAUACAUUAGACUUCGAAGAAGUCAAAGAAUAUUCCCUUGUUUUGGAAGCAAGGGAUGGCGGGGGGAUGAUUGCACAAUGUACAGUGGAGAUAGAAGUCUUGGAUGAAAACGACCAUGUCCCUAUAGUGUUAUUCCAAUCUCUACCGGAUCUCAUAAUGGAGGACGCCGAACCAGGAACACACGUCGCUCUGUUUAAAACGCGAGACAAAGAUUCUGGACGCAAUGGAGAAGUUAUCUGCAAAUUAGAAGGCGGCGCUCCGUUUAAAAUACUCACUUCUUCUAGAAACACGUAUAAAUUAGUGACGGACGGGGUUCUAGACCGCGAGCAGAACCCAGAAUACAACAUCACUAUCAGAGCCACCGACAAGGGUGACCCGCCCCUCUCUUCCAGCUCUAGUGUCAUCUUGCGUAUUGGCGAUGUGAACGAUAACGCUCCAGUUUUCACAAAGGUUUCAUAUGUGGUCCAAGUUUCGGAAAACAAUCCGCCUGGAGCCUCCAUCGCUCAAGUCAGCGCCUCGGACCCAGAUUUAGGGCCCAACGGCCACGUCUCCUACUCCAUCAUAGCCAGCGACCUGGAGCCUACAUCGCUGUGGUCCUACGUGACCGUGAACGCGCAGAGCGGAGUGGUGUUCGCUCAGCGCGCCUUCGACCACGAGCAGCUGCGCUCCUUCCAGCUGACUCUGCAGGCGCGCGACCAGGGCUCGCCCGCGCUCAGCGCCAACGUGAGCAUGCGCGUGCUGGUGGGCGACCGCAACGACAACGCGCCGCGCGUGCUGUACCCCGCGCUCGAGCCCGACGGUUCCGCGCUCUUCGACAUGGUGCCACGCGCUGCCGAGCCCGGAUACCUGGUCACUAAGGUGGUGGCUGUGGACGCAGACUCGGGACACAACGCCUGGCUGUCAUACCACGUGCUGCAGGCCAGCGAUCCCGGGCUCUUCAGCCUGGGGCUGCGCACUGGCGAGGUGCGCACAGCGCGUGCCUUGGGCGACAGGGAUGCGGCGCGGCAGCGCCUUCUGGUCGCUGUGCGCGAUGGUGGACAGCCACCGCUCUCGGCUACAGCCACGCUGCACCUGAUCUUUGCUGACAGCCUGCAGGAGGUCCUGCCAGACCUCAGCGAUGAUCCUCUGCCCCCUGACCCUCAAGCCGAGCUUCAGUUUUACCUGGUGGUGGCCUUGGCCUUGAUUUCUGUGCUUUUCCUCCUGGCUGUGAUUCUAGCCAUCGCACUUCGACUGCGACACUCCUCCAGCAGCAAGGCUUGGGGCUGCUUUCAGGCAGAAGUUGUGGUUCCCCCCAACUACAGUGAUGGUACUUUGUCGUAUUCCUACAACCUGUGUGCUCCACCUACGGGGAAGGCAGAAUUUAACUCCCUGACAUGUAAUGAUCAGUUGAAUUCAGGACAAGAUAUACUUUUUGGAGAUUCAGCGGGGGCCUUGUUUCCACUUAAUUCCAGUGAGUCAACCUCCCAUCAGGUGAGUUUCCUGCGAUCAUAAGGUACUCCUUUGUACUCAGUUCUCCGCAUUCUCAGGAAAUAUAUGCUUUCCAGAUAGAGCCAGUUCUUAAGGCAAUAACAGUGAAGAGUUAGUGGUGUGGUUAAAUGUUAGAGCACCUGCCUAGUAUGCUGACUCAGUCCCUAAGAGCACCAUGAAAAGUUUUAGUGGGUUAAAAAAGCGCUCAUGGGGGCUAGAGAGAGACUCAGCAGUUAAGAGCACUGGCUGCUCUUCCAGAGGACCCAGGUUUAAUUCCCAUCGCUCACAUAGCAGCUGAUAGUUGGCUAUAACUUGAGUCUCAAGAGAUCUGACUCCCUCUUCUGGCCUCUGAUGGUACCGGGCACACACAAUGCUCAGACACACAUGCAGAUAAAACCAAUACUCAUUAAAUAAAUAAAUAAUCUUGAACAGUGACCAUAUAAUUCUUCAAAUAAUAAGGUAUGAGCACUUCUGUGCCUUGUAAGUAUAAUGUACCAACCUCAGGUGUUCAGUAGGUGGUCUUAACUACAGUGUGAAAAAUCUACUGACUCUCCUUAGAAUUUAAUGAGAUUUUUCCAUGAAUUUCCUUCCUGUUGCUUAAUACAAGAUGAAGACUUAUUGUAGCUUGGACAUACUGUAAGUAUAAAAGCAGUCAUUGAGCUGGAUGUGGUGGUUCACAUCUUUAAUCCCAGCACUCGGGACGCAGAGCAGGUGGAUCUCUGAGUUUGA